UCAUUUUUAGUUGGGUCGUGUGGUCUCUCUUUUCUCUCUCACAAUCAGUAGCGAGACGUUUUGGGCACGGAAGAAGCUAGUAUAAUAUAUGUUGACGCUGCUUCACACUGCUGCUACCGGUGCUUCAACACAUUUUCAACAUUUCAGCUUUCUUUAGGUAAAAUGAAUGGAGCAAAACUUGGAUACUUUGAGGAUGGAGAAGUCGCGAGAAAUGUUAUAGUGCUAGUGACGUUCUACAAAUUUGAAGAUGAUGAGAAAAAUUUUCGAUUUGGAAACAGUGAAGACUUGAAAAUGCUGCGACACUCAUUUGAAAAAUUAAGAAAUUGCCACUACCAUGAAUUUUCGCCUUCAGCAGAUGAAUUACUUGAAACAAUUUCGGACAAAGAAGCACUUUUAGCCUUGUUUAAUAACGAUAAUGAAACUCUAGCUGCCUUGCCAAGUGUAUUUAUCCUCUACGUUCUUUCGCAUGGAGGAACGGAUGGAGUGAUCCACACGGAUCAUUUCGAUCAUGAUUUACAACAAUACAAGAGCUUUAAUACAAAAGACGUUUUAGAUGGCCUGAAGAAGUUAGACCACGCCCAAGAAUGUCUCAAAUUAGUUUUCUUUGGACCAUGUCGAGGUGAUGCUGAAGAAAACGUCACUGCAUCGGUGCAAACGGAAAACAAUCUCAACACGUGCACUUUUUCACUCUGCUCGCAGCAGCACAAUCAAAUACUGGUCUACUCCACGGUUGAAACCACUCGAGCGAGAAGGUUCCACAAAGGCUCAUGGUUGGUGACAAAAACGUGCGAGACGUUGGACAACAUGACGCAGGACGAGAGCCUCGUCGUUUUCCUCACCAGAGUCCAAAGGAAAAUCCACGAAGCAUCGAUAAACACGAUAAAUCACAGCGCGUGGGGACAAACGCCGGAGUUUAAAAUCUUUUCCCAUCGCAAAUUCACACUUUCCAAAUCUUCCGCGAACGGAGGUUCUGAUAGCAGUGGAAACGCCAGCAAAACAUUUAUGUCAUCAAUUUUGCGGCCGGAUUUCUUCAAGUGGCAGUCAGACGAGGGCGAAUGUGUGAGGAAGAGAAGGGCAGCAAUUUUUAAAGACGGUGCAGCAGAUAAAAAUGUCAAGUAUUUGCAAAACGCUCUGAGCAAAAAUUUGUACUUCGCCACCACGCUGCACCAACUGGAUACUACAUCAAUGAAGGAAUAUUUUGCAGAGAUUAACGGCCCUGAGAGUGCGUAUGGGUGCGUCCUGACGUGCGUAAUGGCACCGAUAAGUGAGAAUGAAACUGGAGAGAUCUGCGUUCAAAUUGGAAGCUUGCAAAAGCCGAUUGCCGAGAUUGUGCAGAAAUUCAUGAGCCCAAAAAACGCCCAAUGGGCUGGGAGACCGAAAAUAUUCAUGUUCAUGAACCAGGCGAACAUGUACGACGAUAUUAUCAGAGCCGAGCAAUUUCAAAUAAAUGCGACAAACAGUAGUGGCUGGCUAGUGUGCGUCUUUCCAAAAGAAGAAACAAUCAUGAAGCUGGUUAGUAUUUUGGAAACAAACGAACUGAAGCACAAAUCUAGUCUGCAAGAAGAACUAGUGUCAAAAAUAAUCUCCUGCCCAGAAGAGGGUGCAAUGCUCGAUUCCACAUUGCAGUAUUUACUGGAUUUUCCUGAUUGGCCUCUCGAAUUCUCAAAGCCGAGUUUCAAAUUGAAGGUGGCUGAUGAGAGCGAGCAGUACUUAUCCUUUGAAGAGCUGCUCAUGCAUGGAGCUAAAAAAAUAAACCUAAAAAUGCUGACCUCGGACGAUGAAAGCGCGCUGUUAGAUGUCACGAGGGAAAUUGCGCAUCUCUACAAAAAGUAUUUCUCUCAGUUCGGCUCCGAGGUGGUACACGUGGCCUUGCCAGGGCUGAAAAACUUUUUCAAAAGGGCGGCGUUGAAAAAGUCUGAUUUGCAGUUGUCGCAUUUGAUAGCUUAUUCUUCAGAUCUUUUUGAAGAGAAAGUUGAUGAGCUCAUAAGAAGCAAGAGCAUCGUUGCUAUUGUCUCUGGCUUGGAAGAAAUGUCGUCCGAGAGUAAGAAUUUGUUUUUCAACUGCCUCAAAUCAAUCACCCAAUAUAAAAAUCACGUCUGGAUUGCUACCCAGCCAUAUCUCGGAGACGAAAUCCUUGCGCUUUUCGACGGAACUGGAGUAGAUGUGGAAAAAAUUUCCUUUACCGCUAUUUCUAAAGUAAUAGAAAAGCCAUCCCAGUCACCGACAACGAGAGAAAGAUCAGUUGAGGAAUAUUUGAGUAACACUCUGGAGAACAGGCUUAAAACAUUUGCCUUGCACGCAGUAUCGCAAACGAGUGCCGAAUGGCAGGAAGUGACCAACAAUAAACUUCCGGCAAACGCUUUUCUUGCGGGCCACUUUUCCACCUACCCAAUGUACGUGUGCAGGGCUAAGCACGAUGGCAAUCUUAUACCAGGAAGAGCUGUCCCUGGUCUGAAUUUGACUUCGUUUGCUUGGAACGAGAUCGAAAUUCGCUCCAAAGAAAUAUACGAGGUCCUGAUUGGCGAGGAUUUCCACUGGAAGCGUUUUGACUUUGACAAACAAGUCCCGGACAAUGCUGUCGUUGGCGGCCACACGCAAGAGGGAAAACUCAUUUUCGUCGGCAAAGUGAAAUACGAAGGGCUGGAAUAUAUCGGCAAGAUUCACACACAACUCAAAUGUUGUUUUGUCGCUUUUGCGAGCAAGGAAAACAGCUUCACAGAAUGCGAAAUCCUCUUAAGAGGCGUCUUGGUGCAAGAUGCAUCAGAUGAUUUGGAAGAGACCAGUAAAAAAAUAGAAAAUGAAUGGGCAAGAGUAACCAAGGGAAAAAUUCCAGAAAAUGCCUUUCUCGCUGGCAUGGACAAUUCCGACCGAAAAAUGUACAUCUGCAGAGCGCCUUGCAAAGGCGAAUUGAUUCCUGGCAAAGCAAUUCCGGCUUUAGAGCGGGCAUACAUAAGCUACGCCGGUUACGAAUAUUGCUCAGAAGAGUAUGAGGUUUUGGUCGGGGACAAAUUCGUCUGGUGCGCAUUUAACUUCAAACAGAGUCUACCCUCCGGCGCUGUCGCAGCAGGGCGGACCGCCUACGGAGAAACCCUUUACGUUGGCAGAGUCAAACACGAUGGGGUUGAUGUCGUCGGUAAGAUUCAUGUUUCUCAUGGGCUUUGUUACAUCCCUUACAAUGGAGACGAAGUUGCGUACUGUACUUGUGAGAUUCUUCUUAGAAGAAAAACUGUCAUCUAAAUUUAAUUUUGGACCAAACUAAGAUAAUUUGAUACGAAUAAAUCAUCAGUAUUAUAAAUUAAGAAUCAUAUUAUGCCACCCGUGUAACAAAAUAAAAAGUUCCUUGAUUA